AUGCCCAUCAGCCUGGAUAACAUCAACUUCUGCUACCAAUACCCUCCGCCUAAACCGAUUACUACCUCUCGUUGGAAGCCGUAUCAAGUCCCCCCAACUCCAGCACACCUUCCACAUGAAACCUGCCUCCUUCCAUCUAAGGCAGGUGUCUCGGCGUCGACCGCCCCUGGUUGGAGCGGUGCUCGAGAUGCCUCCCAAGGUCCGAGUAUCUCAUCGGAUGGAAGCACGACGGGGGUCCGCAGUGAAUCUGACACCGGGAUAGAAGGUAUGGCUCCGGAAGAACUCAGUUCGAAGGUGUCAGAGAAGGGUCCAGAGACGCACCAGGCUUGUGACUUCUUCGAUAAGACAGCCACUGAUAUAUCCUGGAGCCUGAGCGCCCCUUCAGCACGUGUUGCCGCGUUAGAGCCGACACAAAUCCAGAUAAGCGAUGGUGAUAGCCGCACAACCGUGCAUCACGAUCCAGUUGCUGUGGAGGAUGUCUCGCAAAAGCAGUCGGACGAGCAGUCGUCAUUCUCAAUGCAACCUCCGACUUCUUCAGACUGUGGACCGGAUGAAUCUGAGCAGGAAGUUCCAGAUUCCACGCCAGAGCAGUGCACGGUCGACGCAACCAAUUUGUGA